GGCCAACGUUUCAACCGUGCCUCGUUGGUGGCCACUGGAGAAGCGCGGGGGGCUCCCCAGACAGCCGUGGGGACAAGUUAGAGCCAGCACUUUACCCCGGGCCUCGCGUGUAGCUUCCCCUCCCCUGCUCUCGGUGUCCCCGUGUCUGGAGGGGAGUUCGGGUGUGGGGGUGUGCCCUCCAUACAUGUCCCACCACCCGGGCAACUCUCUGGGUGUGUGUUCCAUCUCACUCUAGCUUCCUGCACGGUGGUCGAGGGGAACCACUUUGCAUCAUGUCCCGGUAUAGCUACCAAACUCUUCUGGACUGGCUCUAUGGGGGCGUGGACCCCAGCUUUGCAGGCAAUGGGGGCCCCGACUGUGCUGCCUUCCUCUCUUGGCAGCAGCGGCUGCUGGAAAGUGUGGUGGUCCUGACCCUGGCCCUGUUGGAGAUCCUGGUGGCCCUGCGGCACAUCCUGAGGCAGACGAAGGAGGACGGUAGGGGUGGCCGUGGCUGCCAGCCAGAGCAGGUGACCCAGCGGCCAGAGGAAGGCAAGGAGAGCCUGAGCAAGAAUCUGCUCUUAGUAGCCCUGUGCCUGACCUUCGGGGUUGAGGUGGGCUUUAAGUUCGCCACCAAGACCGUCAUCUACCUGCUCAACCCCUGUCACCUGGUCACCAUGAUGCAUAUUUUUCUCCUCGCCUGCCCUCCAUGUCCAGGAGCUAUCGUGGUCUUCAAGCUACAGAUGCAUAUGUUGAAUGGAGCUCUUCUGGCCUUGCUGUUUCCUGUGGUAAAUACCCGCCUGCUCCCCUUUGAAUUGGAGGUUUACUACAUUCAGCAUGUUAUGCUCUACGUGGUGCCCAUCUACCUGCUUUGGAAAGGAGGAGCUUACACCCCAGAACCCCUCAGCAGUUUCCGGUGGGCCCUUCUCUCAACUGGCCUCAUGUUCUUUUAUCACUUCAGCGUCUUACAGAUCCUGGGCCUGGUCACCGAAGUGAAUUUGAACAACAUGCUGUGUCCGGCCAUCUCAGACCCAUUCUACGGCCCCUGGUAUCGCAUCUGGGCCUCGGGACACCAGACUCUCAUGACCAUGACCCACGGGAAGCUGGUCAUCCUGUUCUCAUACAUGGUUGGGCCCUUGUGUAAAUAUCUGCUAGAUUUGCUCCGGCUUCCAGCCAAGAAAAUAGACUGAAGGUGCUUUUUUUUCUCCCUGAGGAAACAAGUCCUGACUUGACUUGGAGAACACCCAGUUCUUAAUGAAAUCAUGGGAGAGGGCAGUAGGAUAUUUGAUGUAUUUCUUUUUUCCUUCUCUCUGUCCCUUUCUUCCACCAGUCUUCCUUCCCCAGCUCUUCCUCUCAGGAUGUCGCCUGGAACCUGGGGUGUAGUGCUGGCAGCUGGAUUUGACCUCCUCCCCUUUGCUCUUUCUCCCUGCUCCCAGUGGCCUUACAUGGGGAGAGGGUAGUCAGUAGCUUUCACUCUGCUUGUUGGUGCUUUAACAACAGCUGGUUGAGGAGAAAGGGAACAACAAGCAGUAGUUCUUUUGGCAUCGCAGUGAUGGAAUUGGUUGUGUUUCAUUUCUCCACUGCCAGGGACCUACAGGUUUAUGCUGGGGUCCCCUUUUGUCUCCAGCACAGCCCCUACCAUAAGGGGACUGAAGCCUUUUUCUAUACCAGCGGCAAGCCAAGAGCCAAGGGAUUUCCCAGCUCAUGGCCAAAAUAGAACUGGCCAGAUUCUUCCCAUUGGUGUCCCAUGACUCAAAGCAAGCAGCCAACCAGCCACAUUCUCCAGGAGGCUGCCUGCAGUGGGAGGUGGGGCACUACCCAGCCCAAGGGCUUGAUUCCAUUGAGGUGAAUAGAGAGCUGCUGCAAUGGCAAAUCCAAAGUGAACAAGGUUAAAAUGUCCAUAACUAAUACUAGGCAGGAUCCUGGGUACAUUUUGCCUGUGAGAACUGACCCAUAUUCCAAUCAGAAGUGAGCAUAGAAAUUAAUCAACAGAAGUGGUAACUUGAGAAAAUAGUGAUUUGAAUCAUAUGCUUCAUUUUAGUUUAAUGUUGAUAAUAGAUGCCACUUCAAUCUUGAGUGCCCCUUAAAUCUUCUCUCUUUCUCUCUUUUUAAAGGCAGCUUCAGGGAAGAAUGAGCUAGAGUUGUUUUGGGGCUUUUUAUUUUUAUUUUUUUGCUCUUUGAAUUUUAUUUAUUUGAUUUUUCAU